CCUGGGCGGACCGCGCCUCGUCGGGAGGCAACGCGGGGUCCGAGGAGCGGUGCAGGAGAUGGAGGGUGGUGAGCGGCUGCUUCCCAAGGGCUUCCCCAAGCUGAAGAACGACACGUUCCUUCGCGCGGCCCGCGGGGAGGAGACGGAGCACACCCCGGUGUGGUGCAUGCGGCAGGCGGGCCGGUACCUGCCAGAGUUUCGGGAGACCCGGGCGGCGCAGGAUUUCUUUGCCACUUGCCGGAGCCCCAAAUUGUGCUGUGAGCUGACGCUGCAGCCACUCAGACGAUUCCCCCUGGAUGCUGCCAUCAUCUUCUCUGACAUCUUGGUGGUGCCCCAGGCGCUGGGCAUGGAGGUUGUCAUGGUCCCCGGCAAGGGACCCACGUUCACAGAGCCCCUGAAGGAGGUGGAGGACCUGCUGAAACUGCGACAGAAGGUGGAUGUGACCGCGGAGCUAGGUUAUGUCUUCCAGGCCAUCACUCUGACACGACACAGCCUGGAGGGCAGGGUGCCCCUCAUCGGCUUCUCAGGGGCACCGUGGACACUCAUGUCCUACAUGAUUGAGGGUGGCGGCUCCUCUACAAUGUCCAAAGCCAAGAGCUGGCUCUACCGGCACCCCGAAGCGAGCCACCAACUGCUGCGGCUGCUGGCCGAUGUCAUCACUGACUACCUGGUGGGGCAGGUGGCUGCUGGAGCGCAGGCGCUCCAGCUGUUUGAAUCCCAUGCAGGGCACCUGGGCCCAGAGCAGUUUCAGGACUUUGCCCUGCCAUACAUCCGAGACAUCGCCCAGGCUGUCAAGAGCAAGCUGAAGGAGGAAGCGCUGCCCCUGGUGCCCAUGAUCAUCUUUGCGAAGGACGCGCACUACGCGCUGCGUGACCUGGCCCACGCCGGAUACGAGGUGGUCGGUCUCGACUGGACCAUCCGGCCCCAGGAAGCUCGUGCACAGAUAGGGAAGGAUGUCACCCUGCAAGGGAACCUGGAUCCUUGUGCUCUCUACGCACCCAAGGAGAAGAUUGGCGAGCUGGUGAAGAAGAUGCUGGAGGCUUUUGGGACCCAACGCUACAUCGCCAACCUGGGCCACGGCCUCUACCCUGACAUGAACCCUGAACACGUGGGUGCCUUUGUGGAGGCCGUGCACGCUCAUUCCCGUCACAUCAACAAGCACAGCUGAGCCUGGGGCCUUGGGGAUAGGACUCUGGUUUGGGCACAGUCACCCCAAGUAGUGUGUUGUCACAAGGUUUGCUCCAGGCUGGGCUGCAGCAUUAAACCAGCACCUUCUCUGCAGCAGCCGUGUGGCUCUGGCUGGGGGGACGGGGAACUGGAUGGCCCUGAAGGACAUGGGCAGUUGUGGCAGGCAGUUAGAGGGGCAUGUGGGGUCAGGGGGAACCCCUGAGCCCCGUCCUGUUGGUCAGAAUGGGGAAACAGGUGCCAGCGCAGUGGGAUUGCCUCUCCCUGCCAGGCUGCACAGUGUCUGUGCUUGCAGGAGAGGAUGUGAGCCCAGAGCACACUAGGCAUCUCCUGGCACUGUGGAUGCACUCAGCUCUGCUAGGGAGAGGCUGCCUGAGGCUGGCAGGAUCACAGGUUUACAGCAUGAGCAGUGCCUGAGUCCUGCUCAGGUGGGAAUAGGCAACACGAUGUCAACCCAGGGCAGCCCAAGGGGGGGGGGAGACACAGCAGGACUCAUCUGGGGGACCACCAGCACCCUGCCACACUGGUUGGGAUGCACCAUGGCCCUAUUACCACCAUCACCUUCCUCCAGCUCCCAGAGUCUCUCUACGACCAUUCCACCAGUCCUGGAGUUCUUCCCCCAUGCAUACCUCCUCAUCUCUCAUGAUCCUCAGAGGCAAGCUUGCCUGGGGCUCAGCAAACCCUGCAGAAAGUAAACCAGGAACCUUGAGUUAUGACUCUCUGCCACCCCAUCCCACACUGCAGCACACUCACUGCAGUCCAGGCUGGCUGCAGGAUGGAUCGAGACGUGGGUGCCAACACUGCUGUAGCUGGCACGGAUAGGGCAGUGCCUCCAGCAUGAUCAGGGACCUGCUAACACCGUGCGUGGCAGGGAAUCGCACCCAGAAGCAGCCAGGAUGCCUUGCCCCUGCUCCAUGCCCCCACAGGAGCUGGGUACCACAGGGAGCAGCGACACUGCCUCCUCCCCGGGGCUCUGCCCAGCAAGCGUGGUGACCCCCUGACUUCAGAGAAAGGCAGGAGAGAGACGGGGGGUAACGUUCAUCCCUUUUAUUAUUAAACAUCAGAUGAAGAGGUCGCACACACACAUACACGCACGCACGCAAAAAAAAAAAAAAGGGAAGGAAAAAAAGAGAGAAACAGACUGGUUGAAGACCGCUAUUUCGGUGGCGACAGAGACCGAGUACAAUUGGUUUCCUGGCCGGAGUGCGGACACAAGUCACUUGCCAAAAAAUUAAAA